CCUCCGGCUGCCACAUGACACAGUGUGGGUCGGUGGACGUCAGCAAAACUUAUUGAAAAGCCCAGCUCAGACUGGCUUGAGUUUGCUCUUCAUUACCACAUCUUUUGACAGUCUAGCAUGAGCAACGAUCGGCUCGAAAAACUCAUAAAUCAAUGCAAAAAUAACGAUGUCGAUAGCAAGGUCGGUGCAGUUACAAAACUACAGGCCGAGUUCGAGGCAGAGGUUGAGAUCCCAGACCCGGAACCACUCAUCACCACCCUCAAGUUGUGUCUUCGGCACGCAAACCAGCAUCUGUCUACUGCAACGCUUUCCGCGUUGCCACCGUUCUUGAAUCUUGUAGUGGCAAACAGUACUCGUGCUCGGCCGUUUUCUCCCUCUUUGUCCACGUCGUCUGCCUCGGGUUCGGCCAUUGACGUGGUUACCCUGCGGCAUGUCAUGAGUGCAUUCCUUCCAUCCCCUGGUGUCAUUGAGCGACUGGGGGAUAGCCGCGAAAAGGCUCGAGACAAGGCGCGCGAAACGCUCGUCAUGAUCGGCGGAUUCGCAUUCCGCUGCUCACCGUCAGGAUCGAGACUUGUCACCUUAAAGACAGCUGAAACACCCAUUGCAAUGUUUGAAAGGCUUUUGAAGGAGAACGGAUUGAGCAGCAAGGUCUGGAGAGUUCGGGAGCAGGCAAUCCUCGUCCUCGCCCACAUUCGUCGCAGUCACCCAAACUUUCCUAUACGGCCAUAUCUGUCGCUGCUUGUGGACUCUCUGGAGGAUACCGACAGCAAUGUUCGUGCCUGUGCAAUUCCGGCCGUCACCGAGCUCUUCACUGGCCCAGGUGUGACAGACGCUGCACGAGCAGACCUCAAAAAAGAGAUGGCAAAGAAAAACGUCCGCAAAACGAUCGUGGAUAGUGUUCUUUCGAAGCUGAUGAACAGUACGCGGAACACAGGCGCGAGUACACCGCAAAGCGAAUAUUCCGAUUACAUGGAACCUCUUCGGAAAGAGCCUGCUCCAUCCAAUCUAACGUUGCAAAACAGGCGUCCCACAGUUACAGUUUCGUCGGGCGAUCCUAGUGUCGCUGCACCCAUGGCCCGUUCGGUGAGUCACGGGAGCGCAAGGGAGGCUUCACGGCCUGCAAGUCGAGCAGCAAUGGUAGUUUCACCAACUCUCUCUCAACCUUCGAAUGAAUCGAUGAGCCCUAAUGCAGCAGCGGUAGAACCUGCCUUCAUAGCAUCGAGUAGGGAUUUAGAGAAUGAAUUUUCCGCUAUGACCAAGCCUUUCGAGGGUAGAGAAACUGAACACAACUGGGCCGCACGUGAGCGUGCAAUACAGCGAGUGCGGGGGAUGCUCAAGGGAGAUGUCCACACAAGAUACCCAGAGGUCUUCUUGCAGUGCCUCAAGGACGGAUUCAUACAGAACUCUAUGAAAACUCUUGCGAGUUUGAGGACAACUGUAGCUGCCAACACAUGUUCACUUUACGCAGAGCUUGCUCUCUCCCUUAAAACGGGAAUCGAUCCGUUCUAUGAAACUAUCGUCGUCAACCUUGUCCGAAUGGCAGGUUUUACGAAGAAGAUCAUCGCUCAACAAUCACAGCAAACCCUCGCGGCGGUCGUCCAAUAUGCUUCGCCACACCCUCGCACUCUUCUUCCUCUACUUUCCAGUACGCUACAAGACAAGAACGUACAGACACGAGUUUAUGCGGUAGGUCACAUCAAGGACUACAUCCAGGUUCAUGGUCUCCGUUCAAAGUCGUACAUUGAAUCUGCGGGCGGACUAGAUAUUAUAGAAAAGUCUCUUAGGAAAGCACUUGCGGAUCCUAACCCCGGCGUUCGAGAGAGUGCUCGUGGACUUUUUUGGGCCUUCAACGGGGUUUGGCAUGAGAAGGCCUUGAUAAUUCUAGAGUCACUGGACGCUACAGCCCGCAAGCAGCUCGAGAAGGCCUGUCCAGACCCUGAGACUGUUGCUGUACUUCCGCCGACCACCCCAGCCACAAAGAAGAGCAGUGUAGCGGCGGCUAUUGCUGCCAGUCGUGCAAAAUCGAAGUCGAAAGCGAUACCGACCUCGCCGCCUACUCUCAGACAUCAGGCGACCUCUUCAUCACACUCGACGCAAGCUACUUCGCCACCUGCGAAGAGGAAGGUGGCUUCACCGAGCAGUCCAACCCCUAAAUCUUCUGAUGGAAGGAGCUCGCCUUCACCGGCACCUCGACCAGUCACAUCUCCUCGUUCAUCUCUGUCGCACCCAACACAUCCGAGGUCCCGCGUUUUAUCUCACAACGCGGGCACGCUAAGGUCUGUUAGCGCGUCGGCAUCCACUUUUGUAGUCCAUUCUUAUCCACCUUCGGAUUCCAUGCCAACGAGUCCUACCGACGCAACGCGUCGCCGCACUUCAUCUCCUCUUGUACCUGUGUCGCCUCCAGGCCGCAACUCUGCCGUGCGUCGGGUCACGCAGCCACGCCUACACAGACCUCACGAUUCAAGUGUACCUAGUCAUCCAGUUGCUCGGAUGGGUGUCGUUCCAGUUCCCGUCCAAGAACCACCUGCUGCGCAUAGUAUUGACGACGAAGAGUCUCUCCUCAUGCCCGUUAAUAUACCUAUCCCAGAUGAUAGCGAUUCGGACAUGGGAGAUUCCGACAACUUAAUAUCUUUCUCUACGCCGUAUAAGAUGUUUCCCCCUACACAGCGUGCGGCUUCCCGUGAACCGUCGUUUUCAGGGGUUUCGACGCCGAACACGGUGUCUAACACACUUUCUGAUUCACCCGGGAAGCCGAACGAACAUCCACCUGUGGAAGAUGCUCUCCGGGCUCGCGCGGAACAGGCGCAGAGUGCCGCUGAGCGACUUCUGGAGUUGACUGAUUCUGAGGAAGAGGUUGAUAGGCACCCUGUGAUCCCGGCAUCAUUAUUGCUUGGAAGUGGCACCAUCGCACAGAACCUGGGGAGGCCAGCUGUACCGGCCACGCAGAAGAGCCUUGCGCCUCCAAUGACACCUGAUAGCCACAAUGCCGCCAUCUUCCGUCAGGCAGCUCUGUUUAAAAACAGCCCAAUCAAUGGCAACAAACCAGCUGACCCUCUGAUUAAACCUUUAAAGGAUCAAUCUCAUGAAAGUGGUUGGUGGUUGAAGAGAGCAUCUACGAUUGAUCAUGGCACGCCGUUGAGGGGAGUUGAAAUCGAAGAUAGAUUACAAGAGCUUCACGAAUAUAUUAUUGCGCUCGAGAAAGGCGAUGCUGACAUACGUGUUCUUCAAAAGUUGUCCCUGGUGUGUACGAACAAUCCCAUCCCACCAGAUUCUGCCUCGCCUUUGAGUCCCGGUCUUGGCCUACCUUCAGCCACAUCCCCAUUCCUUGCAGUGACUCGUUCUCUGCCGCCGCUGAUCCCCGAUAUGUGGAAAAAGGACAAGAACUUCGAGCGUCUGUUUGAUAGCCUAAUGAAAUUCUUGCAGCCAUCCAAGGACGGUCAACUCCUUGAAUACGCUUUGGUCGUUGUUUGGGAGUUGAUUGGAAAUCAGGCAGCCCUCUUAGACGGCCGGGAAUCAGAUCUGUUCGCUGCAUUAUUCAGAGUGCGUUACUCUAACACGGCGGAAGUACUCGAAGCCACAAAGACUAUCCGUGAUGCUCUCGCGGCGCGUAUUGAACCUGUCUACGGUCUUACGACAAUGCACAGCAGUCUACGAUCUUUUCUUGCGGAACCGGCGUCAGACCCUUCGGUUAAGGCUGGGUCACAUGCGUUCGGUUUGAUCGCGCUCGGAAAAUUCAUUCUUCGGCUACCUGCGGAGGUCUUGGAGGAAGAACUGCCAAGGCUCAAGCAAACAUUCAUUGCUGCGCUAAAUGAUGUCUCGACGCUCGUCGCACGCGAAGCUGCAUAUGCUGCUAUAAUUGCUGCGCAGUUGGUCUUGCGGGAUGAGGGACAUCUAUUUGCGCUCCUCGACGGGCUCGAUGACAACAAGAAGAACCUCCUGACUUACUACUUUGAGAAGCAUGGUGCUCGGGGGCUCGAUUUCGCUGUGACGUCGGGGGGAGGUGCAGGAAUGACGAAGCUCGAAGGACAAAUGGGAAGGCUUGACAAGUUGAUGAAUACGCCGCGAGGAGGACAGGGCAAGGAAUGACGCGGGCAUGUUUCACUAGCGCUUGCCA